GCCAGAACAGCGCGCCGGGCAGUGGAUGAGGCGCGGCGCCAGUGGCUCAGGGCGCCUCCCCCCUGGGCUUCCCGAACCUGCCCGGUGCGACCCGAGGGGGAGGAUGGACACUCCAGCCACGUUCUGAGCCUGCGCAGAAGAUAAGACCCCUUGUAGCUGCAGCACACCACCGUCCAGCCUAGGCCGCCCCCUCACCUCCCCCCAACCCCUACUCGAUCUCCCGAAGUCGGAAGCGCGAAAAAAAACAAAAAACAAAAAACAAAAAACAAAAAAAACAAAAAAAAACAAAAAAGCGCGCGAUGGCGGACAACCUGAAGAAGCUGGCCAGAAGCGAGUCUUUCCGUGACCUGCAGAAUAAAGUCACCUACUGGGUGAAGGAUUACAACACAAACUCCUGUGAUCAGAAUCUAAAUUAUUGCAUUGGACUCAUCGAACAAGUUGGCAAAAUACAAGCGCAACUCUUUGGGAUCCUCACCGUGACAGCUCAAGAAGGAGGGCACAAUGAAGGCGUGGAAACAAUCAAGACUCGGCUUCUGCCUAUGCUGGAGACCACUUUCAGUAAUAUAAACAUGAUAAAACUUAUGGAGAACAAGCAGGACCCACAGUUUAAGGACAAAAACAGAGUGGGCAUUUCCCGGGAUCAGGAAGAACAGCUAUCAGAUGGUGAAUUGAACCCAGACAAUCAACAAAACCAGGUUCAAGACGAUCUGAUGGAGAGUGGAAAGAGUCUUGAUGGAACCAAGAACAGAUCAACCAUAUCCCUCAUGGUGGCAGAGGAAGAGAUAAACCAGCUAAAAAAGCAGCUUAAAUCUCUUCAAGCCCAGGAGGAUGCCCGCCACAGACAAAUAGAGCGCCGACUCUCUGAGGCCACAAAAUCUGAGCGUCGACCUUCAAACAAAUGGAAAUCAGAGCCACGGGUCCCAGAUGUACGGAGCCAAGAGGUGAUCUCCGACUAUGAGAAACAUCUGCAAAAUCUGAAGGAUGAGAUAGCUGUCUUGUCUGCUGAAAAAUCCAGUGUCCAGAGCAGGCCAGCCUUUAGCCGGUCUCCUAGCCCUAACCGCCACUGCAGCAACCACCACAGCCGCAGCCACAGCCGCACCCAGAGCCGCAGCGGCAGCCACAGCCGGAGCCGCAGCCGUGGCCAUAGCCGCGCCCACAGCCGCACCCACAGCCGCAGCCGCAGCCACAGCCACAGCAGGUCCAACAGCCCCUGCACCGACGUGGUCAAGGCCAGAAGCCCAUCCCCAAACCGGGCCAAAACGUCCAGCUUGGCUCGCAAAGCUGCUCUCCUGUCCCGAUUCAGCGAUGCCUAUUCCCAGGCCCGUCUGGACGCGCAGUGCUUGCUGAGGCGUUGCAUCGACAGGGCUGAGACCGUCCAGAGGAUCAUUUACAUCGCCACAGUGGAGGCAUUUCAUGUAGCUAAAAUGGCAUUCAGGCAUUUCAAGAUCCGAGUCAGGAAGAUGCUAACACCAUCGCAUGUGGGCCCGAAUGACUUUGAGAACUCAGUCUCUGACUAUAUCGUUUGUCAUCUUGAUCUAUAUGACUCUCAGAGCAGUGUUAAUGAUGUGAUCCGUGCCAUGAACGUCAACCCUAAGAUCUCAUUCCCCCCUGAAGUUGACUUCUGCCUCCUCACUGACUUCAUCCAGGAGAUCUGCUGCAUAGCCUUUGCGAUGCAGUCCUUGGAACCACCCCUCGACAUUGCAUUUGGGGCAGAUGGAGAAGUCUUUAAUGAUUGCAAGUACCGCCGCAGCUACGAUUCGGAUUUCACGGCUCCCUUGGUCUUUUAUCACGUGUGGCCUGCUCUCAUGGAGAAUGACUGUGUCGUUAUGAAGGGAGAAGCUGUCACCAAGAGAGGGGCUUUUUGGAGCUCUGUGCGACCUGUAACUCGGUGCCGUAGCAGGAGUUUAAGUCCCAUCUGUCCUCGUACCCGCAUUGGACUAAACACGAUAUCUCGAAGUCGGAGUCCGUCUCCAAUAAGAUGUACAGUGUCAAGGUAUUAAGAUCACCAGCCACGUUUGUUCGCCAUGGUCCAUUGGAACAGCCAACUUCCUCAGGGCUUCCACCCACCUGCCCUGUCUGCCUCCGACCUCUUAACAUGAAAUGAAAUGGCAAUUUUGUGUCUCACUCUGCACAGAGUUAAAUGCUUUGGUUCAGUGCCUUUGUAACUCUAGGUACAUAGCAGUUCCAUUCCAUUUUAUAGGAGCAAAUCCCAUUAAUUUCAUAAAAAGAUUAUAUAGGCAGAUAGGAUCAUAUUCAUUUGAACAUAGUCCAUUACAAAGAUACAGACUUCCCUCCCAAACUACUAGACUCUUUCACAGAAACUCUACGAGUGAAAACAGAAGUCAUUACCCAGCUGAGUCCCAAAGAAAGGACAAGUGAUCUUAGUUUAUAGAUCAGUCAUAAAUGCUGCUAUUGUCAGCUUUUAGCUUCCAGAGACCAUAGUUGGGUGUUCUAAUCCCCUUAUAAAGUUUCAAAGGCAGCCUUAGUUUCAGGCUGGGAAACUCACCCCAGUGCCACUUACUUCAGGGUAAAUGGAGA